UGUCAGCUGCGGGUAGGGCUUGAGUGCGGUCCUGGUACCUCCUUCACUGAGGGAAGGUUAGGUCCAGCUGAAUUCUGCUCGCACCUAACAAGGAUUUUGUCCAAACUGUCGGAAAGGCGGGCGAUUAACAGCGCUGGUGGUUGAGACGCAGGAUGGCUGCACUGCAUCAUCUUAGGCACUGCCACCCAAGGAGCAUUGCUGUCUCUCAUUUUCACACGAGCAGCCAUGCCUCUGCCAAACAGCAUUACAAAAUGCUUGUGCUGGGAGGAGGAAGUGGCGGUAUCACAAUGGGCGCCCGGAUGAAGAGGCUGGUGGGAGCAGAGAAUGUGGCUGUGGUGGAGCCCAGCGAAAUGCACUACUAUCAGCCAAUAUGGACUCUGGUUGGAGCUGGUGCAAAGACUGUAGCAUCCUCGGGUCGUUCCACCGCAAGCGUUAUGCCAUCUGGAGUGAAGUGGGUGAAAUCUAAAGUUCAGGAAAUUAACCCAGAGACAAAUACUGUCAGCACAGAUGAUGGGACUGAAAUCUCAUAUGAAUAUUUGAUUGUGGCACUUGGUUUAGAGCUCCAUUACGAUAAGAUCAAAGGACUGCCAGAGGGGUUUGAGCAUCCAAAAAUUGGGUCUAACUACUCGGUCCAAACUGUGGAGAAAACAUGGAAAGCACUGCAGAAUUUCAAAGAGGGAAAUGCUGUGUUCACAUUCCCAAAUACUCCUGUGAAAUGUGCUGGAGCACCACAGAAGAUCAUGUACCUGUCAGACGCCUUUCUCAGGAAGACAGGGAAAAGACAAAAAGCCAAUGUGAUAUAUAACACAUCACUGCCUGUCCUCUUCGGGAUCAAGAAAUAUGCCGACUCACUGUGGGAAAUUGUGAAAAAGCGUGACCUACAGAUUAACCUCAGGCAAAACCUGAUUGAAGUGCGCGCAGAUAAGCAAGAAGCUGUUUUUGAAAAUCUUGACAAACCAGGUGAAACCAAAGUGUUUGAGUAUGAAAUGCUUCAUGUUACACCACCAAUGGGACCCAGUUCAGUGAUUAAAGGUAGUCCACUGGCCGAUCAGGUGGGCUGGUUGGAUCUAAACAAAGAAACUCUCCAACACACCAACUAUCCAAACGUGUUUGGGAUUGGAGACUGUACCAACCUUCCCACAGCAAAAACUGGAGCAGCUGUCGCUGCACAGUCUGCCAUCUUGAACAGAACUAUCAGCAAAAUACUGAAAAACGAGAAACCAGAUAAGAAGUACGAUGGGUACACUUCAUGUCCGUUGGUCACAAGCUAUAACACAGUAAUCCUGGCAGAGUUUGACUACAAUGGACAACCACUGGAAACGUUCCCCAUCAACCAAGCCAAAGAGAGACGAUUGAUGUAUCACAUGAAAGCAGAUGUGAUGCCUCACCUCUAUUGGCAUGGCCUUCUCCGGGGGCUGUGGGGUGGACCAGGACCUUAUAGGAAAAUCAUGCAUCUUGGGAUGAAAUGAAACUUCAUCAUCAGUUUGGAUCCGGAAGAAAAUUCAUCCCAUUAUUAUCUCUAAAAUGGCGGACACGCACAUGGAUAGGGCAGUAAUGUGAAUAUUUUUAACAUCAUGGUUAAUCGCUCUCAGAAGUUGGAUGAAGAUAGAGUAAUUUUUAAAAUAUCAUAACUGGCAUUUAAAUACUGCUUUUGCUAUUACUGAAGAAUUAGAUGGCUGUCAUGAUGGAGAUGGUCAAAACUACCUGUAGCUCAGUUUUUUGGUACUUCUGAAAAUAUGGUGGAUGGCUGACCUUGAUGUUUUCAUAAGGGAGCAAUGAGAUCUGUAUUGGGGCCCAAGAACAAAAGUUUGUAGGACAUUGUUAUUCCAUGUUGUUCCCAUCCCCCUCCCUGAUGCGGCAGGGUAUAAAAUUGAAACCUCAUAGGCAAAUCUAGACUGGGUUGUUUCACUUUCCUCGGAUUGUCUCUGCUGAGUUAUAUAUGUAGUCUGCGUGGCCAAAAUUUAUAAAGUAAAGUUUACUCUAUAAAUUUGGCCAAAAUUUAUAGAGUAAAGUUUACUCUAUAAAUUUUGGCCACGCAGACUACAUAUAUAGCAUAUAUAGCAGAGCCAGUUUUGUAGUCAGUUUACUGAGUAAACUGACUACAAAACUGGCUCUACAACCCUGAGGGUAUCAUGUUGUUAGUAGCCAUUAAGAAAAUUAUACAACUAUUACUUUUCCCCAGAUUUCUAGGCUUAAAAUUGUGUGCAUUUGGUGAAAAUAAGUCAUCAUGUGUAAGAUGUCUCAUCAUUUAAGAAUUUAAAGUGUUCAGCUUUAUUUAGACACUUUAUGUUUUAAACUGAUUAUUCACGCUACGAAAUAAUGUGUAAGAGUUACCAUUUGCAAUGCUUGCGCAUUAAUACACAGAAGUGCUUUUUAUUUUUAAUACAUAUAUUUAGACUUCAGUGGAGGAGAUUUUUGUACAUGGUGAUUAUUUUUGUGUCAGUUCUCUAAUGAGGUGCAAACAUCUUGGUGGCUAUGCAGUCAAUGCUAACCUCAUUGUCUCAAAAAGACUAUAACAGACCAGUUUAUAAUCAUUAAAAUGACUGAAACUUA